ACACGCGUGGAUAUUCCGGCUCUUGGUUUCUCCAUUGCUGAUCACCACGCUUUUGUUCAGCUUCCAGAACGCUCCGGAUGGCAGUGCGACGUAGUGAGCGCCCAGGUGCAGGUCAACGACGGCGCGCCUCAACACUCCAACAGUUUCGGCUUCACGUUCUCGACGAGGCAUUUCACUGCGUAUCGAAUCCAGGUUCGCCUCGCGACGAUGCCGGAGAAGGCUGGCCCCUGGUCAGACCCCUUCGAGUUUACCACACGUGAAGAAGCUCCUGGUGAAGUGAGCAGCCUGUCCAAUGAAAGGUUGUCACCGAAGACUUACCGGCUUCGCUGGCAACCACCUGCCGUGGCCAACGGCAUACUGCGAGAAUACCACCUGCUGAUUCUCGCUCUUGGCCUGGACAGUGUCGAUUGUCCCGAGUUUCAAGCACCAGAGAGAAUCAACGCCUCUUUCCCGGCCAACGUGACGUCGACGGUGCUCCACAACCUCACAGCUUCCGCGGUGUACCGCAUUUCCAUACUGGCAACGACAGUUAAAGACGGCCCGUGGAAGGAUUAUCGGCUGAUUACCAAAGAAGAAGUCCCGGAAGGUGGUCCGCAGCGGCUCACGCUGGAUCGAGUAGCCAACCGGUCAGCCGUAGCGUCUUGGCAAGCUCCCGACUGCCGCAGUGUCAACGGUCCGAUCACCAGCUACGUGGUCCUUCUGACCUCGCCGGAGGAGUGGGCGGCGGUCGAACUCUCGAGGAGGCAGGUUGAGACCACAGUCGAAAUGAACGCCCUCGUCCCGUUCACGGAAUACAAGCUCAGCGUAUCCCCUGAGAACAGCGCCGGCACGGGCCCCGCUGCUAACGUCACAUUCAAGACGGCACCCAGUGUCCCUCCACCUCCCAGUAACUUGACUGUGUACAGCGCAAGCAGCCAACACCUGGCGUUGAGCUGGAACCCACCGUAUCCGCCGCACGGAGUGCUCGAGCACUACGUCGUUCACUACAAGCUCGCGCGAGACUCGGUUUUCCAGGACGGCGUGGACCUGACGCCUGACCAAGCGACCUGCGGCGGCGAUGCCGACUCCAGGAGUGGUCAACACUGCGCGGUUCUCGGAGCACUGCUUCCCAAGAUGGAAUAUCACGUGUUUGUAAGCAUCGUGUAGCAUAUAGCCAAUAAUAGUGCAAUAAUAAGGCAUAUAGGGCAAUUGAUUUUUUUUUCUCCUGAGCCUAAAUAAAUACUAUAUUGAUGUUUCUAAGAUAUCUGCUCAUGUAUUUCAAAGCAAAUGUCGACGAAAAGUUGUGUUAUAAGGCAAAUCUACCCUAAAUGCAAGACACCAAGUCCCUGCUAUAAAAGAAAAAAAAAAUUCAGGGAGUCAGAUCAGAUCCCUUGUUUCGUUUGCGCAGUUUCCACAAUAUGUUCGAUAGUAAUGAUAUUAUCAAGAAUCACUUUUCUUUACUCCAAUAUUUAUGUUUCAUUUUACUUCUCUUUUUGUUAUAAACAGAGCACAUGGUCUAAAUAGGGAGUGCAAUAGAUAGCAUGGAAACACGCGAAAAAUUAUGAAACAUGCAGCAGUGAAGCACAGAAAAUUGUUGCUAAAUUAGGUCUCGAGAUCACUUAAACAAGUGAAUUCUCUUUUAAUAUGGAGAAAAAAUAAAACCUGUAGGUGUUCAUUUGGGUAAAGUACGAGGUUAACACGUCCUGCCAAUGACAAUGAGCUAGUCUAGUCGAUAAAUGCCGAAAUAUUAAGAUUGGGUGUUGGAUAGGUUGCGUAAGUAGCGUAACAAACUGAAGCCUUUCUUUUAUUCUAAGGUUUAGAGAUUGCAUAUCACUAACUCUUGUUUGUUAAGUGGGAAAAAUUAUUUUUUAUUUUUGCCACGUGUAAGAUGAA